CCAAGUGCCUAACGAUGUCCUGUCACGAUCAUUACUAAUUGAAUCGCCCAUACCAUGUCGAAAUAGUUGAUUAACAGAAUAUAAAUAAAAGUAUACUAACAACCUGUCGUGGUCUGUUGACCCGGCUGCUACGAGCACAAAGAAGAAGUCAGUGCACUCAUUUCUUCCAUUGACGAUCGUAGCACCAUCAGCGGUACCCACCUGACUGUGUACUCGGUCUCACUUGCACAACGGAUUACCCUUACGUAGGUAUAGCAUUGCUCACCCUUUGACCAUGCUCCAUGCACAUACCUCACCUGUAUGCAUGAGUUAGCCGCCACUUGAUCACUCGAGCUCCCCAUUUAUUCAGACCAUGCCCAUGCGAACCUGAUCGGCAUUCCACGACCAUGGCGAGGCCAGCGGCUGCAUCGGUGGCUCUGCUCCUGCUGUCCUGUGUAGCGGCGGCGGCGGGCACCGACCGGGACGCGCUGCUGGCGUUCAAGGCCGGCGUGACGUCCGACCCGACGGGCGCGCUCCGGUCGUGGAACAACGACACGGGCUUCUGCCGGUGGGCCGGGGUGAACUGCAGCCCCGCGGGGCGCGUCACCACCCUGGACGUCGGCUCGCGUCGCCUCGCCGGCAUGCUCUCCCCGGCCAUCGCCGACCUCGCGCACCUCGAGCUUCUCAACCUCACCGAUAACGCAUUCUCCGGCGCCAUCCCGGCGAGCCUUGGCCGGCUCGGGCGCCUCGAGUGGCUCAGCCUCUGCGACAACGCCUUCACCGGCGGGAUACCCGCCGCGCUCCGCGGCCUCGGGAACCUCACCACCGCGUACCUCAACGCCAACAACCUCACCGGCCGCGUCCCCGCCUGGCUCGGUGCCAUGCCGGCGCUCAUGAAGCUGAGGCUCAGCACGAACUCGCUCUCCGGCCGCAUCCCGCCGUCGCUCGCCAACCUCAAGACGAUCCAGCGGCUUGAGCUCGCAGAGAACCAACUGGAGGGCGACAUCCCCGACGGGCUCACGCGCCUCCCGAAUCUCCAGUUCUUCACCGUGUACCAGAACCGCCUCUCCGGCGAGAUCCCGCCGGGUUUCUUUAACAUGUCGUCGCUGCAGGGCCUCUCCCUCGCCAACAACGCGUUCCAUGGCGAGCUCCCGCCGGACACAGGCGCGGGCUGGCCGAACCUCUUGUACCUCUUCCUCGGCGGCAACCGCCUCACCGGGCGCAUCCCGGCGACGCUCUCCAACGCCACCAAGCUGCUGUCCAUCAGCCUCGCCAACAACAGCUUCACCGGCCAGGUGCCGCCGGAGAUCGGCAAGCUCUGCCCGGAGUCGCUGCAGCUGUCCAACAACCAGCUCACGGCGACCGACGCCGGCGGCUGGGAGUUCCUGGACAAUCUCACGAGCUGCGACGCCUUGACAGGAAUCUUGCUCGAUGGCAACAAGCUCGCCGGCGCGCUGCCGAGCUCUGUCACGCGCCUCUCGACGCAGCUCAUGUGGUUGAGUAUGUCGGGCAAUCGCAUCUCUGGCGUUAUCCCGCCGAGCAUCAACAAGCUCGUGGGGCUACAGGCGCUGGACCUCCGGCAUAAUCUCUUCGCUGGCACGAUCCCGGAGGGGAUCGGUAAGCUGGAGAACCUCCAAGAGCUGCAGUUGCAGGGGAACGAGCUGACCGGGCCGGUGCCAUCCACCAUUGGCGACCUCACGCAGCUGCUUAGCCUCGACCUCAGCGGCAACUCCUUGAACGGGUCGAUUCCUCCCAGCCUCGGCAACCUGCAGCGCCUGGUGCUGCUCAACCUCUCCGGCAAUGGGCUGACCGGCGUUGUCCCGAGGGAACUGUUCGGCCUCUCGACGAUGUCGUCGGCGAUGGACUUGUCUCGUAACCAGCUGGACGGCGUUCUCCCGCGAGAGGUAGGCCAGCUUGCGAAACUCACGUUCAUGGCGCUCUCCGGGAACCGCUUCAUCGGCGACGUGCCGGCGGAGCUCGGGGGCUGCCAGAGCCUGGAGUUCCUCGACCUGCACAGCAAUCUCUUCGCCGGAAGCAUCCCGCCGUCGUUGAGCAGGUUGAAGGGGCUCAGGAUGAUGAACCUGUCGAGCAACAGGUUAUCCGGCGCCAUCCCGCCGGAGCUCGCCCAGAUUACAGCGCUGCAGGGGCUGGACCUCUCGCGGAACGAACUGUCCGGCGGCGUGCCAGCGGGAUUGGCCAACAUGAGCUCCCUGGUCCAGCUCGACGUGUCCGGCAACAACCUCGUCGGCGACGUCCCACAUCGAGGCGUGUUCGCGAACGCGACCGGGUUCAAGAUGGCCGGUAACAGCGCGCUCUGCGGCGGCGCCCCGCAGCUCCGGCUGCAGCCGUGCCGGACGCUCGCGGAUUCCACCGGAGGCUCUCACCUGUUCCUCAAGAUCGCGCUGCCCAUUAUCGGGGCCGCUCUCUGCAUCGCCGUACUGUUCACCGUCCUCCUGUGGCGGCGCAAGAGGAAGUCCAGGACCACGAGCAUGACCGCUCGCAGCGUGCUCAACGGCAACUACUACCCGAGGGUGUCCUACGCCGAUCUUGCGAAAGCCACCGACGGUUUCGCGGAGGCGAACCUCGUCGGCGCCGGGAAGUACGGGUGCGUGUACCGCGGCACUCUCGCACUGAAGACGAAAGGAAACCUGUCGCACGAGGCCAUGGCCGUGGCGGUGAAGGUGUUCGACCUCCGGCAAGCUGGGGCGUGCAAGACGUUCCUGUCGGAGUGCGAUACACUGCGUAACGCACGGCACCGGAACCUGAUCGGCAUCGUCACCUGCUGCGCCAGCGUCGACGCGGCCGGCGGUGAGUUCAGGGCCCUCGUGUUCGACUUCAUGCCCAACUCCAGCCUCGACCGGUGGCUGCACCCGGGGCCAUCGGACGUGCGCAAGCACGGCGGCCUAAGCCUGGUCCAGAGGCUGGGCAUCGCCGUGGACAUCGCCGACGCGCUGAGCUACCUACACAACAGCUGCGACCCGCCGAUCGUGCACUGCGACCUCAAGCCGGGGAACGUCCUGCUCGGCGACGACAUGACGGCACGCAUCGGCGACUUCGGCCUCGCCCAGCUGCUGCUCCUCGACGCCCCCGGAGGCACCGAGAGCACCAUUGGCAUCAGGGGCACGAUCGGCUACGUCGCACCAGAGUACGGCACGACGGGGAGCGUGUCGACGGCCGGCGACGCGUACAGCUACGGGGUCACCCUCCUGGAGAUCCUGGCCGGGAAGGCGCCGACCGACGGCGGGCUCGGGGACGGCACGACGCUGCCGGAAUUGGUGGCGGCGGCGUUCCCGGAGAGGAUCGAGCAGGUGCUCGACCCGGCCCUGCUGCCGAUGGAGGAGCUGGACAGAUCGGUCUCUGUUUCGGCUUCGAUUUCGACCAUGUCGACGGCGUCGUUGUCAUAUUCGGAGGAUAGCGAGGUGCGCGUCACGGCGCGGGACUGCGUGGUCGCCGCCGUCAGGGUCGCGCUCAGCUGCUGCCGGCGGGCGCCGUACGAAAGGAUGGGCAUGAGGGAGGCCGCCGCCGAGAUGCACCUCAUCAGAGACGCCUGCCUUCGCGCUUGCGGUGCCGAGAAGCCUGUGGUUCAGGAUCUUCCAGUCCCCUGACAGACAGACUGUUCAUACCGGAUUUCCAGUUGAAGCUCCCCACACAAUUGGAGUUGGGUCCGCCAUCAUUGUUCGACCUCACUUGGUUUAGGCCCCCUUGGUAUGGAUGUAAAUUUAUACUUCCUCUCUAAAUUAAUAUAAAAAUAUUUAAAAUA